UUGAAGAGAAAAUACUUAGGGGGGCAGCAUUCCGAAGGGAUCAGUAAUUGAAAGUUGUCAUAGCAACGGGGAUGCGAUCCGAGGGGGGAGAGCUGCAGGGGAGUUGAAUCCAGCAUCUAAAAAUCCUACAAACCACAAUCUCGAGAGUCGAUUGGAGGAGGGCACCGGACGUAAGCGUAACCAAGCGCGAUCUUUUUAUCAACGUGUAAAUUCCUGGAAAAUAUACCGCCUAGCCAUAGCGCGUCUAGUUGAAGUUUCUGUGCCAGUGAAAAUCAAUAAGAAAGAGGUGUGCAACGUGCAACAUUGAAGGUGUAUACCCUAGGCUUGUAGGGUGAUGAAAGCAUGCAACGACGUGAGAAGCAGGCUUGUACUACGAUCUGUCAAACGUGAAACGAAAAUCAUUCGGAGGCGAGAGAAUAAGAUAUCGUAAAAUAAAAGAAAAAACAAUGAAAACAAUGUGAAACGAUGGUAGCUUGCAAAAAUAAGAUACAGAAGAGAAAACACGGUCGCCGUAAGUUGAGUGCGUGAUGUCGAUUGAAUAGAGAAUGAAUUACAUCCUCUUUAACCGACCGAUCUUAGUUCGCAUAUUAAUUUAUCACAAAAGUACCAUUAUGCGUAUAUGAUAGCGAGAAGAGAGACGAGAUGUACGUCUAAUUGAACAUAAACAAGCAACGGAUAAGCGUAUAGAUUUGUUAUUACACAAGCGUUCAUCUUGUUACUGACAAUAAAGUUGUAAAAAUUACAGUACAUUGACUCAAUACCUAACAGCUGUUUAGCUGUUCUCUAACAAUGAUUAAAGGAGAAAGACUAAAUAAAGGGAACCGAAAUAUGAUGUCAGAUGCAUUUGAAAGAUUCUUUGUUUUAGUUUAAAAGAAUAAACAAAUUCUGACCUGAACUUGUUACAACUGAGAAUUCUGUAAGCAGAUACCAAAAGAUUGUAAAAAAAUGUCUCGAAUCAAGUUCCGGCACCAACGACUCGUCACCUUGGCGCUGACAGUUCUGGUAUUUUUCCUGACCCAGUGUCAACCGGCCACAUCGACUCACAUAACAGGCUCCUUCAACACCCGAGAUUUCUUCAGUUUCCUGAUAAAGUUUGGCUUUCAAAAGACGGAUCGUCACAGGCAGAAAGACUCGUUCGGAUACAUAUUUGGCAACGUGACAUCUAGCAAGAAUUUUUCCAAUCCUAUAACGCUCGCUGUACUUGACAGAGCUCACUUUCUGGAGUACUAUGGUAACAGAACAGUGCGAAACAAAGACGUCGCCUGUUCUCUUAUGUUCGAUACUCUCAAUCAGAGCUCCUACGACUGGCACUGCAACGACAAGGGUCACGACUAUCUGCGUCGCGUUCCAUGCCCCGUCGGUCGCCUCUGCGUUGACGAGGAUUCGAAAUGGAACGUGGUGAAGGACCACCAGUUCACUUACGUCAUACAAGACCUGGACCGGCCGAGGUUCUGGUACGUCAGCCUUGUCGCGUGUUACAGAAACACGACAACUUGCAAGUGGCAACAUUACGACGGGCAGGACGAGCUCAAGUACGACAUAUGGCUGGUUAACGGAAGUCCGAACAGCAGCAGCGUCAACGCUCUCUCUUACCAGUUCUCUUACGACAGACAAAACACUGUCGAGCUCUACCUCCUGUUCUUCCUCUGCUAUGUUAUUCUCGUACCGUUUCAACUCUACGCUGCUAGGAUGCAGAGGCAUCCCGUCACCAGGCUCUUCACUGUCAGCUUGCUGCUGGAAUUUCUUGCCAUUUGUCUCAUUCUUUUACAUGUCCUUAAGUUCGCCCUUGACGGCGUUGGGUAUGAACAGCUCGAAGUUGCCGGCGACAUAUUCGACAUACUGUCUAGGACAUCCUUCAUGCUGUUGCUGCUCUUGUUAGCCAAGGGAUGGGCUGUGACGAGAAUGGAGCUGACAUGGAAGCCGUUGGUAUUUGCGAUCUGGUUAUGCUAUGGAAUAGUGCAUAUUCUUCUCUACGUUUGGAACAUGACGGAAGUCGACAUAAUCGAGGAUAUAGACGAGUACCAGACUUGGCCAGGCUGGUUCAUCCUCCUCUUUCGCAGUGCAAUAAUGGUUUGGUUUUUGUACGAGCUACGAAACACCAUGACCUACGAGCACAACACUCAGAAAUUAAAUUUCCUUUUACACUUUGGAGCAUCUUCCUUGGUCUGGUUUAUAUACCUGCCUAUCAUCGCGCUGAUUGCUCUUCAAGUUAGCGCUUUAUGGAGGUUUAAACUGCUGCUCGGCAUUACGUAUUCAGCAGACUGUUUUGCGUACUGUGUUAUGGCUCAUUUGUUGUGGCCGACACGAAGCGAACAGUAUUUCCUGCUGGCACAGGGUGCCGACAAUGGGGACGAGUUGGACGAGUUCAAUGAAGCACCACAUGUAUUAAAUAACUAUGUCGAACCGCCCGAGCUUAGUAAAGUGCUAGCUUAGUAACGCAGUAUCGACUGAUCGGAGGGCAAGAAUUGAAGGUAUAAAUUAUGAAAACAGGUACAUUAUUGUGUAUGAGGAAAGUGAGAAAAAUAGAGAGUGAGAAUAAUGGAUUAAUCAACGAGAUUUUAAAACAAUGUAAUAUUGUGAUGAAAUUUGCCAAAUUGUUUGGGAGUGAAAAUUAUUACUGGCAAAUGUACAUUAUGCUACCACUAAUACUCUGACAUGCACUCUAUGAGACUGAAAUACCUAUUACGCACGAUUUUAUUUGACAAGUUAUGUUUCCCAUUGAAUUUUAUUACCUAUUUAAAUAGUCGAAUAAUUUGUAUGUCCGUUAUAAAAUCUGUUUAUCGUAGCUAGUAAGUGUAAAAUACCUAAUGGGAACCGAAGAAAACUCUGGAUAUAAUAUUUGGAUAAAUGGAACAAACGUUAUCAAUUUGAUAACAUCAUGUAUCGAAGCAUGGCAGGAUAUUUUAUUAAGAGUAUUUUUUCAAUUUACCAGUUGUUCUGUUGUUUUUAGUCUCAUUAAUGUGAAUAUUUCAACUGUGAAGAUCUACUCUAAUGGCAAUAACGUUUGUCACAUUUUUUUUCACGUAUAUAAAUUUGUAAUGAAUUCUGAAAAAGCCCAAUAAUUGGUAUUUUUCAAAUGAAAUUAUCAAAUUUCAGUUGAAUAUUGUUAAUGAACUUAUCGAAUUUUCCGCAACGGAUGUCAAACCUAUUUAACAUUUUACUACCUCACGAUUUUUGAAGUAACUCUGUGUUUGUGAUUUGAUCAGAUGAGAACAAUUUCCUAAAAAUUGUUAAGAAACGAAAUUCUUUUACGAAACAGCGGAAAACCUCUCUAAAGAUACAUGGUUUUCCACUUUUAGAAUUUUUCGCGUUAUGCACCGGCGACUCAUUUUUAUACGCAUCCUGAAAAAUUUCCUUUCUAUGAAAUUCAUCCAUAGUAUUUUUUUCGUUUUUUUUUUUUUUAUUAGAAGGAGGAAAGAAAUUGUAAAGAACUCUGCCAAAUUAACUCAACUGUGUGUGUCAUAUUCGGUUUUUUCUUAUGUAAAAACUAUAAAACUGUUAUUCAAGUGCGUUGUUCGUCGUUGUUGCUCAAACUUGUAACAAGUGAUUAUAUAAAUUAGAUGUUAGAACGUUGAAUUAAUAAUAUUCCUAUUUUAACUACAAUCGUAACUUUAAUUCCCAGAUAUAUUUAUAGCUACCUAUGUAUAUUACUAUCUGUUACAAACUUGAUAUUUACUCCCAGCCCUCGGCAGUUUAAUUUUUUAUUAUACGUAACAUAUUCACAAAGUCAUGACACACAACCAUCAUCAGCUACGUUAUCACGAGAACAACCAAAAUUUUUACUAAGCCUGUCGAGGAAACCACAUAUGUGGUUAAAUGCUAAAAAUCUUGAUUAUACAUAAUUUCUUAAAGUAGUAAAUGAUUCGAUGAUUUUUAGAAGAACUCACUUUCAAGCAACUCGAUGCAAGCCUUACUUGAAAUUGCGUGGAAUUGUACACCAUACAAUAUCUUUGGAUGAAAAUCUUAUAUAAAAUUUCAAUGCCUUCUACUAAAUAAGUGCUAGCUGUACCAUUUUUUUUCCCCUUAUAAUUACGAUACAAUUGCUUAGCCAUUGAUAUAAAUUGACUAAAUGUGAGAGAUUAUUGAAUCUUCCGACACAGUGUUAAUAAGUUUCUAUAUUUAUGCACGUUUUUUUUUUCUCGAAAAAAUAUGAGACGCGCAAUUGAAGUGUACUAAAUGAUCCGGAAAUUAGUUGUACGAAAAUUUGUAACUUUAGACAUAUACUUUUUAAAUUUAUUCUACUGAUGUUAUUUUAUAUACAUACCUUUAAUCGUAACUUAGAUACCCAAGUAUAAAUAACUUAGUUCAAGAAUAUGUUUUCUUUAUAACUUAGAGUGACCAAGAAUGAGACAAAAAGUACAUAAGAAAAAAAUACAAAAAUUUAAAACAAAUUCAU